AGCUCAACUGACCAAUCAGAAUGAGAGUAGGCACAUAUAAUGUUCAUAGCAUGAAUUUCACGCUGACAUUGUUCAUGGCGAGACAAGCAUUGACAUAUCUUUACUGAUCAUAGGGUUGCUUAGUCGGAUACAUAUCAAUUAAGUCUAUUACGGAAUUAUUCCUGAUAUCUUCGACACAUGUAGUGUCCAUAUGAAAUUCUCGGAUUAAGUAAUGUCUAUAUCAUGUGCUGGAUGCGGUGGUCCUAUAGUAGAGAAAACUCUGUUAAAUGCAAUCGAUCGGUUUUGGCAUACUUCCUGUUUGAAUUGUUCUUGUUGUGGUCUACGGCUUGAUGAAUUAGGACCUUCCGUUUUCGUUCGCUCAAAUAUGCUGUUAUGUCGACAAGAUUACCUCAAGUAAGUUUAUCAUCCCUAUUAGUUUACUUAUCAUCUGUGUUAUUAAGACUAACUUCACUAUUUUAUCUAUCCAUCGUUAUUUGUUGUGCCCCGUUUUGUUGAAGUAUGUUAUGGUAACUAAGUUUUACACCUUAAUUUGUAACAAAUCUUGAACCAUCUGGUUUAGCUCCAGAUUUUAUUUAGUGAUGCCGUAGAGAUCAGUCAAUUCUUCAUUCAACCUUUGAGUAAUAUUAAUAUUGUAAAUUUGACGGAGCAUUGACCAUGGGAAACGCGUUCGACUUUCAGCCCGAUUCGAACCCCUCUGUACUUCAGUUUGAUCAAACGAGUAGCAUUAUUAGCUUUCACAUGUACACUGGCCAAAAGUCAAGAAUACAGAUGUUGGUUGACUGUUCGGUCUAUCAGGAACAUGCGCCAAAUGUCGAGUUCAAAUUCCUCCAGAUGAAUUGGUGAUGAGAUGUCAAGACAAAGUCUAUCAUGUGAACUGUUUUUGUUGCACUCACUGUCAUUCUCCGUUGCACCCCGGUGAUAAAGUAUGUUUUAUGGAUGGCAAUUUAUUUUGUGAGCAUGAAUUCCCUCAUUUGUUUUCUGGACCUCCAAAACUGACUUCACUAAGAUUAACAUCAUCUUCCGCAAGUCCUUGUACUUCUAAUGAUUCUGAUAUUAGUCGUGGCCAAAUGACCAUUGAGUUACAAACAAAAAUGAAUGGUGCCCCAUGUUCUAGAUCUUUCAAUAUAAAUCCCACGUCUUUAGAGCAGCAGCAACAACAGCCAUCUGGUGUUUUGCCAAAUAAGCUCAUAUUUUCCCAAUCCGAUAUUAUAUCAUCACUCAGUCCUCAUUCAUCCAGUCCAGUCAUGUCAUUUCCUAAUAACAUGCAACCAAAUCAAGAUAAUAAUCAGCAACUUGUGCAACACGGGUUUUAUGUUACAGAUGUUGAGCAACCGUUUGGUGACACGUCUAAUGUACAAAACUCGUCCGAAAAACCUUUGAAAUCAUCAAUGAUCAACACGACGAAUCAGACAACUAAUGGUCGUAAAAAACAACAAAAAAAAGUAGAUAACCGUCGUUGCCCUGCGCUCCGUGUUUGUUGAGCCUGAAAGACUAUAUUGUGAUUGGUCCUUUAAAACCACAAUUCUUUUCGCCAAUUUUUCGAAAUUUUCUUAAUGUGAGAAUUGAACGUUUAUCUUUUUCUGUUUCGUUUUUGUAAUAAAAAUUUCACCAGACUAUUUGAAAAUAUGUACUAUCAAUUAAAACGUUCAAUAUUCAUUAUUCUUUGUUACAACAGUUUGUACAAAUAUUUUUUGUUCUAUCUUUAAUUCUGUUCAGAUAAAUAAGUGCUUAAAUCUCAUGUUUUAGAAAACUGAUAUUUUGUCGUGCUUUGCAUUCAUUGGGAAGGAUCAUCCUCAUGCAUCUUAAGAAAACAUGUUCUUCGUUUGUACUUUACACUCUUACGUAUGGUAGUAUCGCUAAAAUAAUAAGAUUUUACCAAUUCCUAAAAUCUUUUAAUUAAUAUUUAUCGUUAUAGCACAAGUAGUGUCAUUCUAUGAGAUAAUUUUAUUUUCUACCUCACCGGGUUUCUGUCUGGUGUACCUUGAUGCAUGACAAGUGACUGCAUUUACCCAAUCCGUAGAAUUGUCACUACAUAGAAUUCUUCAGUCUUAGCAUAGUUUUAUUACCAGGGUUCCUCACAACUUGACAGUAUAUAGUCUUCAGCGGAAAUUUAUCGUUAGGAUUGAAUGAUUUAGAAACUGUAUAAUCAUGUUGGUGUCGUGAUUAUCUAUGAGUGUAGAUGGUGUUGUCAAAUAUUUAGUGUGUAACAUUUGUUUAGUAAACACUAAUUGUCGUGUUUCAUAAUUUCCAACUUAGACUGUCGAGUCCAUUAUUUCUCUAAGAAAGUCGAGUUCUGAAAACCAGCAUUUGUUCUACGAGAUUCUUCUGAGAUAAGGCGACAUCUAUAGAGUAAUAUACGUAACCAUAGUAUGGUUCAAAUGGCCCGGUCUACUGGUUUACUUCCCAGGCUAUUCGUAUAUACGAUUAUUAUGUAUCUAAAAUGGUCGUAAAAUUGAUCGUAUCGUAAUAUUUAAUUGUUCAUUCAACAAGUGAUGGCAAUAUGAAAUAUGUUUCACUAGAUGUUUGAAAUGACUCUAAGUGUCAAUAUUAAAGUAACCAUAAUUUUGAUAGCAUUUUGUAUUGAUGACUGAGACUCUAAUCAAUUAAUGUAAUAAGAAUAAUUGGACGUUUGUUGUAAUCCAUUUGUGAUACUUUUAAACAAGAGUCUACCAGACCACAUUGUCACGCACGCAGUUGUUUAGGAGUAAAAAUGCACUUGCUAAUUUCCUGCUUUCCUAAACAAAAGUUUUUACUAAGAUAGAUGGGAUUCGCCUACGACCUAAUAGUCAACUUAGCAGAACAGACUCAUAUAGUUACAAUUGGUUGAUUACUGGGUGAUCAAUGUCAGGUCCUUAGUGCAGAUCAAAUCCUAUCGGCCGCUAGUCUAGGUGACUCGACAUUGCGUGCACUAUGUUGAGAU